UUUUUCACCACCCCCUCCAACAUUCAUCGCCUUCCUCCGAUCCCCAAGACCCUAACCCCAUUAUUUAAAUUCAUACCCUGUUCAUCAUCUACCAUGAACAUUGAGAACACUUCAGAUCUACAUUAUGAUGACAACAGACCCCUCCUUAGUCAAACCUACGACGCCUUAGAGCACCAUCUCGUCACCUUCCUCUCCGACCCUUCUCACUGCAAGCCAAAUUGGAUCAUCUACGACAUCAUAGGUAGAAAUUGGGCUCCAGCACUAGCUUCUCGCUUUAACGUCAACUCCGCCUUUUUCAACAUCUUCAGCACGGCUGCAAAAGCAUUUUUAGACCGUUUCAGGAUACAUGAUUCGCCGGAAAAGAUUCCAACUGCAUCAGAUCUUAUCCCUUUCCCAACAACAGUUACCUUUCGUCGAUUUGAGGCUCUCAGGAUCCGCCCCAUUAUUUCUAAUAGAAUCGAUAAUUCGGGCAAAGACAUGAUUCUUACCAGAACAUUUAAGGAGUUUGAAGCCAAAUGGAUCGAUUUGCUUGGCGAAAAUUGUAUCCCUGUGGGAUUCCUCACUUCAUCUAUUGACGAGGAGGAGAGUGAGACAUGGAUGAGAAUAUCCGAAUGGCUUGAUAAGCAAAAGGAACAAUCCGUGAUCUAUGUUGGUUUCGGAGCUGAGGCAAUUCUUACUAGAGAGCAGAUUGAUGAGGUCGCAUUAGGUUUAGAGAAGAGUGAAUUACCGUUCCUCUGGGUUUUGCGGGUGGGAUUGCCGCCGGAGGGAUUUGUCGAGAGGACUGCAGAGAGAGGGUUAGUGUGGAUGGAUUGGGUUCCCCAGUCUCGAUUGCUGGCUCAUCGAGCAAUCGGCGGGUUUCUGACUCACGGCGGGUGGGGUUCUGUGGUGGAAGGGAUGGUGGUUGGG